AUGGUUUCUUUCAAGAGCCUCCUCGUCGCCACCCUCGUCUCCAGCGUCGUGGCGACGCCACUCAAGAGCAAUACCUCCGACCUGCUUGUCAAGACCGUCGACAAAGUCCCUGAGAUCGAGGCGCGGGACAAGGCCAACUUCUACCCCGGCUUGCCGCUUCCCGCAGCCGCAAAGGAUACGACCAAAGUCAGGACCAGCUCCGCGGAUAGGGACUGCAGCUCGGCCGAAAAGGACAGGCUCGACGCGGAGAUCCAGAACAGGUACGCGUUGAAGGACCGUCUCGAUGCCGAGAUCAAGAGACGCGAGGACAUGAAGGAUGAGCUGGAUAGGGAGAUCCGCACCAGGCAGAGAGUGCCCAACUAA